AUGAAAAUCAAGUACAACGGAGAGGCUACCACCACAGUACCACCCAAUAUCCCAUCCUUUGAUCUCAUGAAGCGUGACCCUGCUUUGCAUACAAUGUGUCAUUUUGCAACUGCUCCUGCUGCAACACCUGCAGCUACACCAGUUAGUACAACUGACAUCAGUUCACUCACAUCUAUGCUCUUGUUGCAAACUGUGCAAGAUCUCACACAUGAGGCUACCCCUUUGACACCAGUUCUUUAUGCCAAAGACCACCUUGGUGUUGCAUUUGCCUCAACAUAUGAAGCCUCUCUGUGUGGCAUUGGUAUAGGUCCAAAUAUACUUGUGGACAUGGCUGACCAAGAUCUUGCUCAAGUUGGUCUUAGUGCAGGUGACAUUAUUUGGCUGAAGAAAGGCAGUGUCACAUGGCCAGCAGAGCACAAAAUUCUGCACUACAACCUUUACUACUUCUGCAAAAACAGGAAGAGUUGGGUUAUCUUUCCUCCUGGGUUCACUUUCAAGUCAGAGGGUGAUCAUGCAGAUGCAGAAGAUCCUUUUAUUUAG